AGCUAUCAGAGUGGGGCGUCGUACCUCUCUGAGUCUACAUCGAUCAGGUGUAACGUACGUUGUUCUUCGAUCUCACAGAACCAAAGUUAGAGUUGCGGGUACCGGAACCAUACGACGAUCGUACGCGUGAACUAUUUACUAGGCUCCGGAGUAGUACCGCUGUUAGUACUUUAUUUUUAAAAAGUGGACCGCGAGUGCAAAGACUUCUUUGACAUCGAAGUAAGAUAAUCUGGAACCGACGAUCGUGUAAUGAAGCGGAGCCAAUAACUUAUAUACGGUUACCUACCUCUAAUAGUGUUUUGUGAAUCUCAAUAGUUUUACGUAGUUAAAGACAAUUUAGGUAAACAAAAUGAAAGGAAGGGAAAAGUUAUGUGCUAAACUAUCAAGUGCUUUCCUAAGGAAAUGGUGGUUCGUCGUAGCGAUAUCACUAGGAUGUGUACUUUUUGGAAUAAUAAUCGCUGUUUUCUUCAGUAGCUGGGUUAAUUUAAUAAUAAAUUCACAAAUUAAAUUAGUAAAUGGUACACAAACGUUCAGUUGGUGGGCCAAACCUCCAGUAGAGCCCAAGAUAAGGCUUUAUAUCUACAACGUUACCAACGCUGAUGAAUUCCUUAAUAAUGGAUCGAAACCUAUCGUCAACGAAUUGGGUCCAUAUGUAUACAGAGAAAGAUGGGAGAGAAAAAAUAUUUCAAUACACGACAACGGAACCCUUACAUUUAAUCUACAGAAAAUUUACCAUUUCGACCCAGAAGCAUCUAAAGGUAGUCCAGAUGACCUAGUUGUUGUACCAAAUAUUCCUAUGUUGAGUGCUACCUCCCAAUCCAAACAUGCCGCCAGAUUCCUCAGGUUGGCCAUGGCCAGUAUUAUGGAUAUUCUCAAGAUUAAACCCUUCGUAGAAGUAUCAGUUGAACAAUUGCUGUGGGGUUACGAAGAUCCUCUACUUAAAUUGGCUAAAGACGUUGUUCCUAAAGAACAGAAAUUGCCCUAUGAAGAAUUUGGUCUUCUUUAUAAGAAAAAUGGUACUUCUCCAGAUAAUAUUACGAUUUUCACAGGAGUAGAAGACAUAACAAAGUACGGAAUUAUCGAAAGUGUUAACGGAAAAACUAAUUUAAGUCACUACGGUACAGAUCAAUGUAACAGUCUUGAAGCAUCUGACGGAUCUAUCUUUCCCCCACAUAUGACUAAGAACACCACUUUGUACAUUUUUGACAAGGAUCUGUGUCGAAGAUUGCCUUUAGUAUUUGACAAAGAGGUUCUAGCAAGUAGCAAUGAAGUACCUGCUUAUAGAUUUACCCCACCUAAAAAUGUAUUCGGAAGUGUAGAGGAAAAUCCAGAGAAUGCCUGCUUCUGUCCUCAGGGUCCACCAUGCACACCGUCUGGAUUCUUCAACGUAUCGCUAUGUCAAUUUGACUCACCAGUUUUACUAUCUUUUCCUCAUUUCUACCUCGCUGAUGACAAAUAUAGAACUGCAUUGGAAGGAGUGUCCCCACCUGAUCCAGAAAAGCACGCCUUCUACAUGGAUGUUCAACCUGAAAUGGGCUCAGCGAUGUCUGCUAAAGCUCGCAUCCAAAUCAACUUGGCUGUUUCUCAAGUAAUAGACAUAAAACAAGUUGCCACAUUCCCAGACAUCAUUUUCCCUAUCUUGUGGUUCGAAGAGGGCUUGGAUUCUCUUCCAGCAGAGAUGACCGGUCUCAUGAAAAUCGCUACUACAGUUCCACCAAUAGCCAAGAUCGUCAUAUCAGUCUCACUGUUUGUCAUUGGAAUAGUUCUACUCAUUAUCGCCAUCUGGCGGCUACUUAGAGGUGCGAAUAGGCUUAGUUCGCUUCACCUAGCGCCUGGACAUGUGGGACAAUCAAUAAAGACCAAGGAUGUCCCAAUGGCGAAUGUUCCAAAAUACUAAGACAUAUUAGAUAAUAGAGACGGUGGUUAAAAAUCGUUUUGAAAGGUGGUUCCUGGUUCAUGAAAAAGACAUUUACAUUAUACCUACUGUUGUUUUGGGACAGAGAUAUACUUAUUAAAGUUUUUUACAAUGCUGUUCUCCUUUAAUAUUUUUGAAAAUUUUAGGGCUAUAGAGGUUUGGACCAGGAAAAUCCUUUUUUAUUUACAUUGAAUAUCAUAAAAUUUGAUAAAAUAGUUCUUAACUUAUUUGCAAAAUAUAUUUAAUUAAUAUAUUAAAUAAAUGUUAAAUAUAUAUUUAUAAAUAUUUUUUAAACUAUAUGCGGAUAGUGUUCACCUUUUUUUCUGUUACUUGUACUCACGAAUUUACCACAAGUUACCGCAAGAAAAACAUUUUUAUUCCUAAAAUCCGAUAUUGUUGUUUUAAAAAAUAAUUUUUGACAAGUGCUUCCCUAUCGAACUUGAAACGUUCGUAAUAAAAGUGUUAUUAUACAUUAUAAUAUGAGCUGCUUUUACCUGAUAAAACAUUUAAAUUUGACAAUUAAAUUUAGUUAACUAAAUUACAAUAAUUAAAUAAUUUAAAAUAUUGAUUUUCAAAAGUGUUGACAGCUUCGAGAUAAUAAAAAGAACUGGUCAUUACAUUUUAUUUAUAAUUAUUCAAAAGUGAAAAAAGAUUCGAUUAAGAGAAUAAUUCGUCAAGAUUAGAUGCGAUAAGACUGUGCUGUAGUUUUCAAAUAGCUAAUUCUAUACUCUUGCUAAUAAGAUGAGCCAUUUUCAGAAGGAUGAACUAUAAGCUAUGAUGUUUGUAUUUUAUAUUGAUUUAAUUAUAAGAUUUGGAACAACAAAUUCAAGCAAUUUUUUUGGAAGUGUGAGUUGGAAGUUGUAGUUAGUUCAGACAUGUCAAAAUUUCGUAUUAUCAAUCAUAUAUUUUAAUUUUGUAGCAAUUUUUUAUCUGGUCUUCUAGUUGAUGAUAAAUGUUCUACGUGAAAAAUCGCAGAACACGAAUAAUAACACCAACAAAAUUUACAACGUAAUAUCAAUUAAAAUAAGCUUGAAUUUAAGCGGUUUAUUGAUUACAAUAAACAUAACACUACAUGAUGAAACAUAACAUAAUAAUUGUUAGAUAAUACGAGCUUUAGAAAAAAGACAUUUUCACAUCACCAAAAAAGUUUCACUUGCCUCAUAUGUAUUAUUAGCAAAUUUAAUAAUUUACUAAAUAAGAAAACCUUAAACUUGUACUAUAUAUAAUUAAAAUAUCACAAAUACUUAAAAAACAACACAAAUAACUGACUUACAGUUUAAAAAUAAUUGCAUUGCAGAUUAGUGUCUCUCUUUGUCUACUGCUAACUGCGUUCAAUGUGAUGCCGAUGGAAGGAAGACUAAUAAUGAAAUAUGUAUGUGUACUCUUCGGGAAUAAUUUGUUUAUUGAGUAAAUAAACAAAGUUUUUCUUCCCUUUAUUAAAAAUAUGAAUACCCCUGGGACAUUUAGCCUGGGUAAUUUCCAGUCCCGAGGAAGUUUCUGAUGGCAGAUCGUAUUUAUAUAUUUUUUAUUUAUUUUUAUUUAAAAGACAUGCCUUACCGCAUUUACUUCGGUGACAAGGUAUCCGCUGCAGCAUGCGCUAGGGAAUGCGUUUAGCACACGCCAAAAAGGCAAGCAGUGUGGGCAUAACAAUUGUUUUAUAACCUUAAAACACAAAAGAGACAAGUACUCACUUCAUUUACUUGUAAUAAUUAUUGCACAAGUAACACUAAGGUACUUAAUUGCGCUUGCAACCUUUGUGCUAAGUUGCUAUAGUUUAGAUAGGUAAAGUUAGUCACUUUCGUUAAAUGGCGUUCGCUAGUUUCAAAAUGUAGUUAUGACUUAAUCUUGGUGUACAUGCGCAACUGCUUGAUAGUUUUCAAUAGGAGAUGCGUUUAACUCAUUUUAAAAAAAGUAACUAACACCUAUGUCCGUUAGACCAACGAUAUAUUCUAUUGUAGAUUUAAUCUUAGGAAAUUAUCAAUUAAUUUUCCAGAAUCAGUUUAGUUUUUACUUCGGUCUUUAAUUUUUGUGUCUCUGAUACAGCUACAGAAUUAUCCUUUCUGAAUAUUUCAUAGGUGUAACCAUUUGUUGCAUUAAAAUAAUUUGUGGAUUCGUCUUCAUAUCUGUAAAAUAUACAAAACAAAUCAAUAGCCUUUGAUAAUAUAGAUUUUAAAUAUUCACGAUUUUUUUAAUCUUAAAAAAUGUGGUAUUUCAAUAAAUGUGUAUCUAUGCCACCACAUCACUCAGAAGCGGCAGGUCUUGACCCAAAUAUAUAAUUUUACAAUGCUGCCUAAACCAGUUCGAUAAGAUUGGGAACAGGGUGAUAUAUAAUCAUUCUCAAUAUGUUGUUACCUACCAUAUUUUCUUAUAAUAUAAUAAUAAUAUAAUAAAUGCCUUAUUUAAUGAACGGGAGUUUCCAUUUUUAUUAUUUCGUCUAAAGACUGUCUUAAAGUGUUUGAUCAUUUAGCCACAUUAAUUAUUCUUUACUGGUGCUUUGGAAUUUACCAUUUUGAGGUACAUCCUACAUUUCAUCACGAAAGUAACUAGAUUGAGCUGCAUUAACAAUAAAAUGAACCAAUGAAAAUAUUCCGUAAUUUGUGAUUCUACUUUUGAUAGCUUUUGCGCGUCUUCCUAAGUUUGGUAAGUAGUAAUUAUACCAAAAACACACAGUAAAUAAGAGAAAAGGUGAUAAAACAUUUUUACUUUACUAAUGUUGAUUGAAUUUUUGUGUGAAUUAUACGAUUUAUAAAAUGUACAUAUAUUUUACCUAGUAUUAUUUUCUCAAUAGUUAUAAUACAGUCUUAGCUAUUAUAAAAUCGUAAAACAAAACAUACGUACAAAGAGACUAUUUUUAACCACUGAAUUAAAAAAAACAACGAAUUAAAAAUAUAUCAAUAUUUUCAUUGACAAUAAGUGUGAUAAUUAUUUUUAUUAGGAACUAAAAUUGCCUAUUUUACUAAAUAUCUUUAUGUAUAUACAACAUUUCUAACUAUUUGCUCAAAAACAAAUACAAAAUUUAUACAAAUCGUUUUUAUAUGAAUAUUGUUGAAUUUUGAGGUUUAGUAAGUAAAUCAAUACCUAGGGACCAAAUGUUUAGGUUGUUCUAUAUUUUUUAUACCAUGCAAUAUAAAGAGUUAAACCUCAAAAAUGUUUCUUGUUAUAUAGUCAUAAAUUUCUUUCUAGUUUUUAAGUAAAUACAGUGACAUGUAUCUAAAGAAUCCGGUCCAAUGGUGUGGUACUUAAUAUUUUAAGAGACUAUCAAAUAUAGAUGUCUAUAAAAUGUCCCAAAAUACAACAGCCUACCUACCACAUAAAAAAUCAUCCAGAAUUUUAGAUAUGGAUGUUGCAGUUUAUUUUAAAUUUUAUCAUGACCUUGGUCUCUUUAAUUACAUUUCCCUUUUGGUCUUAAUUUUGGUCUUAAAAUUUGUAAAAUGACAAGAAGCUACAAUUAAUUGCAGUUCUAUUAUGAGACAUUUUAUAUGAGAGAAACUUUAAUUGGACGAAAAUCCAAUAGAUUUUUUUUAUUAGUGAAUGUAUUUUUUAUAGAGUUUUAAAUUCGAGUGUGUAUUUUUAGACACAAAGGGAAUGGGUGGGACAAAAUUGUUUUCAAAAGAAUGUUAAUAAAGACAAUAAAAUACAUAUUGAUCUACAAAA